AAAAAAUCAUAGUUAUUACAAUAUGAGGACCGCCGUCAUUUUAUAUAGGGAUUAGUGAGAAGCACUUUUAAUUAAAAAAAAUAAUAAAAGAUGGAUGCAACAUUAAGAAUUUCAAUAACAAAAGCGUUUUUGAAUUUUGCCCAACUAUUAACGACAAUUUGACUGCUAAUUACUCUUCCGAGAAUGUUUUAACAGCUGAGGGAAAGGAAAGUCUAGAAUUAUUGUUAAAAUAAUGCUCUUUAUUGUUAGUAAUAAGUGGAGGAUUUAGAUGAUAAUUUAAUUCAAAGUAAUACAAUAAAUAUUGAUAAUAAAAGAAUUUUAAAAAUAUUUUUUAGAAAAUAAAUAAAUGUUAUCUCGAUUCAGUGGAGUAAAUAAACUCAAAGUGUUGGGGAGAAGCUCGGCCAUUAAUAAAUGCCGUCGAACAAGACGAAGCCCACCCAGCUUUCGCCCAUGGCGUGAAGCAAUCGAAUCGCCGACGAAGCUCCUCCUCCUCCUCCUCGUGCGGGCCCUCCUCCGCCCCCUCAAUUCGAUCGAUGACGACGCCGAUGGUGGCGCCGAAGCCGCUCAUGCUCAAGGAGUACCUGGAGCUCGACCACGACGACGACGACGGCCUCGUGCUCGGCGGCGGCGGCGUUGUCACCGUCCGUAGCCUCCUCGACGGCGAACUUCGCAAGAAGACGGCCGGGAGAAGUACCGCCGUCCAAGACGCGGCGACGGCCAACGGGAAUGCGCUCGGUAAAUUCUCUGCCGUCAUCGAGGCCGUCAAAAGGCGCUGCCUGCAGGCGGCGCGCUCGGAGCGCACCGCCUUCUCGGUGCUCUCCUGGAAGAGGAAGAAACAGAGGCCGGAGGCGGAGCAGAAAUCCGCCACAGUCGAAGACGCCACGUGGGCGAACCCCGUCCGGUGGCAGCCCCUCCGAUUCGUGUCGCCGGUCGACUCCUCCCCUGUCCUCGCCUACGACCCAGCCACCGCCUCCGGCGAAGCCAAGAAAGAAUACUCGUCAUCCCUCUCAUCGUCGUCGCAGCCAUCAGAAAACGAAGAAGAAGAAGCCACCAUCGCCAGCACCACCGCCACCCCCUCGCCGGCGACGGAAUUCGACGGAAAGGUUGGACCGGGUCCAGUUUUGAUAGUGAAGGAGGAUGAAGAGGAAGAGGAGUUCUAUAGAAGCCUCGACUCCAUUGAAAGGACGACGGAGCAAUUGCUCCACCGGAUCCGACGGUUCGAAAUGCUUGCGGAGCUGGACCACGCGGCGGAGUGCUGCUCCCGGUCGUCGGACGGAGAAUACGAGGAGGAGGAGGAGGAGGAGGAGGAGGAGCGGGCGUGGGAGCUGCUUGGCCGGCUGAAGGCCAACCCGCCGCCUCGCGGUGGGGAGAAGCUUCUGCUGGACUUCUUCAUCCAAGGCGGCAAAGCGGGCGGCGGCGGCGUCGUCAUCUCAUUGAGGCAGCGACCGCGGCAGGGUGCAACGACGACGACGGAGAUGCUCUGCUCCGACAGGCGGUGGAUCGACGGGCGGCUGCGCGGGGAGGCGGAGCAGCACAGCGGCCACGGGGAGGCAGCCACGCUGAGGGAGAUGGAGAAGGACGGACGCUGGAGAUGCUUCCACGAGGAGGAGGAGGAGCUGGGCCUGCAGGUCGGAGACGAGAUGCUUCAGUCGUUGGUGGAAGAACUAGUGAAAGAAUUAGCAUAACAAUUGCAAUAAAGACGAUGAUUAAGAAUUUCUUUUUGCUCUUUUCAUUCUUUGAUUCACAGAUGGGGAUUGUAUAGUCGAUUCUGCUGGUUCAUCAAUCAAGAACAAUUUCUGCUAA